GCCGGACGCGGGGCGGUGGCUACCGAGACCGGCGCGAGUGGCGGGCGUGGGCCGACCUGCGCGCGGACCAUGGCCUCCAAGUGCCCCAAGUGCGAUAAGACCGUGUACUUCGCUGAGAAGGUGAGCUCCCUGGGCAAGGACUGGCAUAAAUUCUGUCUCAAGUGUGAACGCUGCAACAAGACGCUGACGCCUGGGGGCCAUGCCGAGCAUGACGGGAAGCCCUUCUGCCACAAGCCCUGCUAUGCUACGCUGUUCGGCCCCAAAGGUGUGAACAUUGGCGGUGCCGGCUCCUACAUCUAUGAGAAGCCCCCCGCUGAGGGGCCCCAUGUCACCGGACCCGUCGAUGUCCCUGUGGCUCGUGCUGAGGAGCGGAAGGCCAGCGGCCCCCCCAGAGGGCCCAGCAAAGCUUCCAGCGUCACCACUUUCACCGGGGAACCCAACACGUGUCCGCGCUGCAACAAGAGGGUCUACUUUGCCGAGAAGGUGACGUCUCUGGGCAAGGACUGGCACCGGCCGUGCCUGCGCUGCGAGCGCUGCGGGAAGACGCUGACUCCCGGCGGGCACGCGGAGCACGAUGGCCAGCCCUACUGCCACAAGCCCUGCUACGGGAUACUCUUCGGACCCAAGGGUGUGAAUACCGGGGCGGUGGGGAGCUACAUCUACGACCGGGACCCCGAUGGCAAAGUGCAGCCUUAGGC